GCCUGCGCGCUGGGCAGAAGGAGCUCUCUCGCGAGGAAGGACGCCAUUAUCGCAGCCGCUCGACAAACACCACGAGAAUUCGGCCCCGCACACGGAUUGCAUGACUUGUAAAAUUACUGAUCUGGGGACCUGCAGUGGUGUUCGACAGGAGGUUGCUGCCUGGUUCUGAAUGAUGUCAGAACAAGAUUUGGCAGAUGUUGUUCAGAUCGCUGUUGAGGACUUGACUCCUGACCACCCAGCUGUAUUGGAGAAUCAUGAAGUGACAGAUGACGACGUAGAGCCUGCUCUGAAACGUCAGCGUAUAGAAAUUAACUGCCAGGAUCCUUCCAUUAAGUCGUUCCUGUAUUCCAUUAAUCAGACAAUAUGCCUGCGGUUGGACAGCAUUGAAGCAAAGCUGCUGGCACUAGAGGCUACCUGUAAAUCACUGGAAGAGAAGUUGGAUCUUGUCAUGAACAAACAGCACAGCCCCAUCCAAGUCCCCAUGGUGGCAGGUUCUCCUCUUGGCGCUACGCAGACGUGCAAUAAAGUACGAUGUGUUGUCCCUCAGACCACGGUAAUCCUGAACAACGACCGGCAGAACUCCAUCGUAGCCAAGAUGGUUGGGCAGGAAGAGCCACUGAGCAGAGCAGCUGAUUCUCUGGAAAAUAUCCUUAGCAAUGCUGUUCCUGGCCGUAGGCAGAACACCAUAGUGGUGAAAGUUCCAGGGCACGAUGACAGCCACAAUGAAGAUGGAGAGAGUGGCUCUGAGGCCAGUGACUCUGUUUCCAACAGUGGACAGUUAGGAAACCAAAGCAUUGGGAACAAUGUCACGCUUAUUACGCUGAACUCUGAAGAGGAUUACCCCAACGGGACGUGGCUUGGCGAUGAAAACAACCCUGAGAUGCGGGUGCGUUGCCCUAUCACCCCCGCCGACAUGCUGCACAUCAGCACCAACUGCCGCACAGCCGAGAAGAUGGCUCUGACAUUGCUUGAUUACCUCUUCCAUCGGGAAAUUCAGGCCAUCUCCAACCUUUCAGGCCAGGGGAAACACGGGAAGAAGCAACUGGAUCCUCUCAUGAUUUAUGGAAUUCGCUGUCACCUGUUCUACAAAUUUGGAAUCACAGAAUCUGAUUGGUACCGCAUCAAGCAGAGCAUAGACUCUAAAUGCAGGACAGCCUGGAGGCGGAAACAGCGAGGGCAGAGUCUCGCUGUGAAAAGCUUCUCACGGCGAACACCUUCCUCAUCCUCUUACAGUGGUUCAGAGGGUUCACAGAGCUCAGUGUCAGCUUCUAAUGAGAUCCAGCAGAACCAACCACAGGCGCUUCACUAUGCACUAGCCAACGCUCAGCAAGUUCAGAUCCACCAAAUAGGAGAAGAUGGACAAGUCCAAGUAGGCCAUCUCCACAUAGCCCAGGUUCCUCAAGGCGAGCAAGUGCAGAUCACGCAGGACAGCGAGGGAAACCUGCAGAUACAUCACGUGGGUCAGGAUGGGCAGGUGCUGCAGGGAGCUCAGCUGAUCGCUGUCGCGUCCGCGGAGCCUGCGUCGGGGGGCGUUGAUGGAUCCCCACUCCAAGGGAGUGAUAUCCAAGUGCAGUAUGUGCAGCUGACCCCAGUGACAGAUCACUCUGCCACCAAUCAAGGCACUGACACUCUUCAAUCAGCAAUCCAGCCAGAAAUGCAGAUAGAACACGGAGCAAUCCAAAUCCAGUAAGAGAAUUGUGAAAAGCUGUGUCAACCAAGAUGUCAGCGAACUACUGUCAGAAGUUAAGUGCUGUAGUCUUCAUGCAACGACAGGAGAAUGGAAAUGCCAAGUAGAUUCAUGGUCACACCUUGAACAUCUCCUGCAAGGAGCAGAGUUCUCACGAUCUGGUUGCCCUCACCUGGCAUCAGUCAGAGCCAUUUUACUGAAGCUGCACCACUACAUCAAUUUGAGGAAAAAAAAAAUGUCCUGCCCUUAGGUACACUUGAAGAGGAAUAAAAGGUCUGUCAGAAAAGAGGGAAAGAAAUCUAAUGAGACUAAAUUCAUGGUUCACCCCAUUCAUCUCUUCUGUGAAAUAUGCCAUUUGAAUGUCUGCAGGUAUCUUAGGAGGUGUAUUGCUGCUUUGCAAUACUUGCUUUACCACGUAUAAAAGAUCAAGAGCUCAAAUAUUUUUCACUGUUUCCACAGCUUUUUGGUUUGUUUUUUUUUUAAUUAUUUUAAUUUGCUAUGGUGUUUAUAACAAAACCAGAAAAUAUGGAGGGGGGAAAAAAAAAAGAGAGAGAGAAAGACCCCAUAACUGCAAGUAUUAGCAUUUUGCUGGUGUUUUCUGUUCGGUGUAAUGAGAACUGUAUUUGCAGAAGACUAACAAUUUUGUUUGUACUGUUGCUUAACUACUUUUCUAGGGGAAAAUGCUUUUAAAUGCUGUAAUUAUGCAUUUCUAAUGAGAAAUAAAUGUGUAUUUAUGACUAGUGCA